AGGUGAACUUUCAUCUCACUGAAACUAAGUCAAUAAGGCAAUAAAUGCAUCAUAAUUCAUAAUACAUUCACAAACCAACGUUAAGUUUUGUGUCAGUGUUCACAGUGUUUUCUCAGGAAAAGUACCUCAGUUGAAGAAUCACCAAGCAAUUUUUUUUUGUUUCUCUCUGGAGUGCUUUUGGGAUAAUUGCAGAGAAACGGUCCCUGCCCAGGAGAAGAAAAGUAAACAGGCGAGAGUUAAUGACGUUCAUAUCCGUCAUGGAAGCGGUCAACCGGGCUUAAGGAGAACAUCGGGGAUAUCACAGCAGAGUGAUUCUGCACCCAGCAGAUUUUACGGGACUGGUGAGAGAAAUCGGCAAAUUCGAGUAAACAAACAUUUUACAAAAGAUCAUUUUAUUCUGGAGUUCUGCAUUUAGCUGUUAAGUAGUCAAGGAUGGCUAAAAUGGCAGUGCAGCUGCUGGGGUUCUUCCUGGGUCUUCUGGGCCUGCUGGGAAUGGUGGUCACCACACUGCUGCCGCAGUGGCGCCGGCGGGCUUACAUUGGCUCCAACAUCAUCACGGCUACAGGUUACAUGAAGGGGCUGUGGAUGGAGUGUGUGUGGCACAGCACGGGCAUUUACCAGUGCCAGACCCACCGCUCCCUGCUGGCACUGCCCCUGGACCUUCAGGCGGCGCGGGCACUCAUGAUCAUCUCCUGUGUCGCCUCCAUUCUGGCUCUUGCCCUCGCCACUGUGGGCAUGGAGUGCACCCGCUUGGCCUCGCACUCCCGCAACAAGAACGCCCUGGCUGUCUUCGGUGGCAUCGGCUUUAUCGCCGCCGGCCUUCUCUGCCUGGUCACCGUGUCCUGGACCACUAACGACAUCGUCCAACAAUUCUACAACCCCCAGCUGCCCAGCAUCAUGAAGUACGAGAUCGGGCAGGCUGUCUACCUGGGCUUUAUCUCAGCCUUGCUGAGUAUUGCUGGCGGGGCCUCACUGUGUCUGUGCAGUGGGUCAUUCCUGGAACGUAGAGCCCGCAUCCCACAAGCCUCUGCGGCGGUCAUGCGGCGAGGACCUCAGGCAUAUCAACACCCCACUGUCCAUAAGCGCCUUCAUUCUCCUUCCGGCUUCUCGAGUGCCAGUGAUGGAUACAGGGUUGGUGACUAUGUGUGAAAAACAUCACAUAGACUAUUUAAUGGACACACUCAUUGCUUAAGUGCUUAUUCACACCGAGUAACUCGCCACAGAAAGAAGCCAGUGUCAAGGAGUUCUGCAAUGUGUUUUCUGGUACUUUUUAAUGCAUUUGACAGUCUUUGCGUUGUAACAUUCAUGCUUUUUUAUUUAUGUACAGCAGUGAUAUUCAUUUGACUGAAAUACAGAGCAGUAUACAACACUAAUUUGACUUUUACCCUGUUUUUGCAUUUCUAUAGCAUUGUUUUAGCUCUCUUUUCAAAAAGAUGGCUACAUUUAUCGAACUGAUAAAUGUAGAUCAUAUAGAUAAUAUACCAUAAAAAUAAUAAUUUUGAGAUUCAGUUAAAAUACAGUACACAGAUUAUAAAAGAUUCCAUCCAUCCAUCCAUCUUCCAAAUGCUUAUCCUGGACAGGACCAUGAGCAUGGAUUAAAAAAAUACAUUAGAAACACAUACAUGUUGGUGUAAUUCACUUUUACUUUUGAGUUUUACAUAGAAUAUGAUUAUUUCAAAUAACUCAUUUGCUUUUAAAAAAGCAAGAUUUUUCUUGAAUGCUGAAUAUGGGGGAAUUGGGCCCUGAAAAUCUGAUAAAUGACAAAUUGGAUUUUUGAGAAUACAUACUUUCCAGGAAAGUAAUAUUAAAAGGUAAUGUUCAUAUACAAAUAGAUGACUAUUGGCUGAAUAAUAAUGCUAUAUUAUUUUUUGCUUGUGUAAACAUUGUAUCAUAUUGUCACGCCCAGCUCGUCCGAUCCUCGUGUGUGCCACGCCCCCUCAUUAUCCAUGUGUACUACCCUGAUUGUUCCCAGCUGUUUGAUGUUAUUUUCGACUUGUUCUGUGUAUAUCAGUCCACGUCUUUGUCCAUUUCCCAGAUCCGUCAUUCACGUUUGUACCGUGUGGUUCAUGUUUCUUGUGCU